AUGCAAGUCGCAUCUGAGAGAGAGUCGUUGAAUGUUCCUCUUCGCUCUGCUACGGCGACAACAACAGUGUCUUUGUUGUCUAGCGAGGCGCAUGUAAAUAAUAAUGAUGCCUUGUUACUGCAGUCAACGACGUAUGAGCCAAAGUAUAUACAGCCUGCACCACUGCUAAAGGGAUCUAUGUAUAUACAGAACCCAAGCGAACUGUCCCGAAAAAAUGACGAUGUGGAAAUAAAUAAACUAACCCUUCCUCAACUUUACAGCAAUGUCUAUCUUGACUAUAUGCAUAAAAAACAACGUCGUUUGGAACUUGAAUUACCAGUUCUUCCAGGCCUUCCGGAUUUUGACGGUGAUACCCCAACCGAUCCUGAAAGCGUGAUGCAGUACGUUAAGGGACUCUCAGCUGUCUACAUGAGCGAACCGAGCGAUCCUUCACCUUUUCAACUUUACGAGUCUCUUAUAUCUGAUUUCAUGGAAAAUACUCCUCUUACUACAACUCCAUUUGGUCUUGAAAAUAAGGAGAAUUCUUUGAAUGGAGAUUAUUCACCUUCCUUAAAUUCUAUUGAUGCGAAUAUGCAAGGAGUGGCUUCAAUCCCACGAUUUCAAUCUUUUACUCCUGCAACAGAGGUUGUCGCUUUAACUCUUUCUAUGUGGCUUUCAAAUAUUAAACAGUUAAAAGAUGUCGCUGUUGCCAUGGAAAAGAUUCAACAAUUUCCAACUGCUACCCGAGCGUUGACUUCAUCUGUUGUGAAAUGCGCACUUGAAACCUGUCGUGAUUUGGUUAAGGGAGAUGAAUGCUCACAGGGACGUAAGAGUGAAGUCUGUAGUUUAGUUGGACUUGUUGUUCUUCCCAGAAGUGAAAUUCAUGAAAUAUUGGAGUACGUUGGUGUAUUAGAGGAAUACAGUUCUAGUAGUACCUCUAGCAUCGUACCUUGUGUUUUACCCCAACAUGAGGAAUUAUUACGGAGUUUCACCUUAAUUUCACCCAGACAGUGUGUGAUGUCAUCUCCUGUAGAUGCCCACCAUGGUGAUAUGACCAGACUUCCCCUCAUGUUGUCUGAAGGAACGAGUGUUAGUUGUUUUUGUGUUUCCCCAUGUGGUCGUUAUUUGGCAGUGGCAACUGUUUCAGGAAUGUUAAUGUUUGAGGCGAGUAGUGGAAAACUACUAAAUCAGUCUUCAGACGCUGAUCUUGCUCGUUCCUUGUGGAUUAUUCAGUUUUCCUCAGACUCUUCUAGUCUAAUUUUGACGACAAAGUCAGGAUUACGUCAUGUGGUGUUAAGUACGACCCUGGAAUACCUCAGUGAACAGCACACGGAUUAUCCGGCCAUUCCAACUCGGAUUACAGGAGAAGUCAUUGACUUUCUUUACUCUCCACGAUUACCGAGUGGACGUAAAAGUUCUUUGUUUCUCGCAUCAUCUGGAAAAAUGAUAUUGGAAAAACUUGGUUCUGCUGCAGAAAAAUCUGUUGAAUCUUUCGUUGUUUGUACUCAUAUUCAUGAUGAUUUUGUGGGAAAUAUUGCCGUUCUGGAAACUUUGGAGGAUUCUUUUACUAUUCGUCUAGAGGGAGGAAUUAUUACACUUUCACAAGGAGCUUAUAGUUGUUUUGGCAUGCUUUCCAAUAAUACCCCUUGGCACUUUGUUUACUGUAAGUGGAGCAGAGGUACGUGGACGCUGGGAGUUGAUAAUGAUCUUGUGGAAUUAAGAGGUGCCCGUACGACUCAAUCUAAAACAGCCAAAUUCACUGGAUCAACGUUAUUAGAUGGUACGGGUCAUGUGGCUUCACUUGUGGCCUGGUGUGGAGAUGCGCAUGAUGGACGAUCAAUCAGACGAUUUUCAGUUGAACGGGUGUUGGAGGCCUCAACAAAACCAUUUUUUUACCUUCCCUUAGAUGAGGGUGAGGGAUUGUGGGUGAAGGAAUUGGCCACCAUGCGGGCACUUACUAUACCAGAACAGCAUUUUGUUUGGGAUGAUACUACAUGUUGUCCUUUUACAUCAACAGAGGUAAUAGAUCACAGUGUUCGUCUUCCACAACAAAUAUUAUUAUCUGCUGAAAUCUUAAUAAGCGAUUAUCAAGUUUUAAUAACAUUUCCAUCUACUCAUAAAGGUGGUGAUGGGAUAGUUGCGGUUGUUCAACAAGGAGGGAAAUCUAUUAACCGGGUAUACCGUUGUCCUGGAAGUUAUUCACAAACACUUUAUUCUCUCUCACGUGAUGAAUCAUUACUUUACGCUUUUCAACAACGAUUUUCUACCUUUUCGGUGACUGAAAUUUCUACAGCGGCGAAGAGAGAACAGAGAUUGAAAGAAAGUGGUAUUCUUCUUAAAGAUACGGUAGAAGGAACACCAGAAUGGAUAUCUAAUGAAAUUCUUAAACGUAUCUACGUUGAUGGACUUGAUCUUCUUCGAAUUCCUCCAGAAAUGAGUCCACUUAGUAUUGAAAAUCUUCUUCAUUUAUCUACUAUAUUACGUACAGUUCGUCAAAAUACGAGUCCUCUCAAACUUGUUGCAGUGAUGUCCUUGGCUAUGGUACAUUUUGAACGUCUUGCUUCAGAAGAUAGUAAUUCCCUUUCAAAUGUUGCUGCAUCCCUUAAUCACUCUUGUAAACAGAUCAUAGAGUGGUUUCCGGAAAGUUUUGUUCGUGAUGUUGCAGAGUCUCUCGUUCGAGCAGGAGCUAGUCAAUCACUUACAUUACAUGAUAAGGUAAAUAUUCUUAUGGAUGCUGAUAAUCCUAAAACGACAGAUAUACUGGAUAGUUGUAUGAGUAAGGAAUCUCUAUAUAGUAUUCUAUCCUUUAUAAUAAAUGAUAACCCAUCUAAAGUACUAUCUAUUGCAAGUGGUUUACUAAAACGUUGUAAACAAGAAGAAGAAGGUAUAUCUUCUGGAAGAGUAAUAGUUCAUCUUAUGUUAUGGUUUUCAUUAUUUUCAGUUCAGUUUCUAUACAAACGUGGGGAUAACGCUAUUAUUUCAAGUCUAUUAGAUCUUUAUCUUCAACAUGCGAAACAACUUUUACUUAAGCGUUCAUGGGAUGAUAGUAUGCAGCAAACUGUAGUUCAUACAGGACUUUUACCUUUACUUAUAGCUAUUGCUGAAUUAUGCCCUGAUACGGUAACACCAAAUAUUGAAGCUACAUUACUUUCAUUACUUGAUACAACUCCAAAAGAAAGUAUAGGUAAUCCCUUUUCUGUGGUAUUUGAAACGAAACAGGCAUGUGAUGUCGUACCUGGUUCAGAUGAUGGUCCAUUUAAAUUAUUGUUAGAUUACAAAAGAGCCACAUCUGUAGCUAUUACAAAGGAAGUUUCCUCUUCAGAGGUGACAGUUAUCACAUCUGAUUCUUCAUCUAUAAAACCUACAAAGUUAAUAUUAAAUAAUGAAGUACCUUUUGUAAAGGUAAAUGGAUCCACUUUAAUUCUAUUUGGUACCGGAGAAAAUUCGUUUACUAUUGUCUGUAGUUAUGAUCUUUCUGUUGGUACACCAUGGAGUUCAAUUUUGCGUGAUGGUGUAUGUAAUCUACUCUUAUCUGUGGCAAAUCAUUUAACUGAAAAACCAAAACCAUGUGAUGUUUUUCUAGCCCCACUACUUCGACAUGGACUUGAUACGAGAACUCUUGCAUCGCAUGGAUUAGACGUUCCUGGGAGAGUAAAUGAAUCAAGAUUUGCUGUUGAUAUUCUUAAUGACGUUGGAGAUGGAAAAAGGUUUGUUGAUGAUGUUUGGAAAAAUAUGCGAGGAAGUGUAACACCUUCUAUGCGACCAUCCUUUCGUGCACUUUUGUCUCUCCUCAUUCAUAGUGGUUUAACUCCACAACAGGCCGAAGAUGAAUUAAAACUUCGAUGGUUCAGUGGAGAGUGGGGAAGUCGACUACAAGGUGUUGGAAAAGACUCUGCUCGUCAGUUAUUGGUGGAUCUUGCCAAAUGGAUUGCCUCUUCUGUUUUCUAUCAGCGGGAUAAUACGCCGCUGUACGCACGGCGGGCCUCCACUGGGCGGAGGUCUACAGUGGAGAGUCCAAUGGCCGCCUCACGGUCGGUGUCGGACCCGCGACUCUCCACAAACUCAAGGAGAAGUACCGUGAGAGGUGUCAUGCAGAAUCAAGACACGUUAGAUCAGGUGCGGGCGUUAUUUACAAAAGGUAUUACACCUGGAAUGUUGGAAAGUAUAUUGGUGGAACGAACCUCUGCAGCGCUUAGUACUAUUCGUGGUCUACAAUUACUUUCUUCACUCUUGACAAGACUACAAAAGAAUGAAGCGAAAACGCUACAAGAAAUUCUUCAUGUACUUUGGUUGUUUUGUGGAGAAGGAAGUGGAAAACAUAUGAUUGAAAGUCUUGUGGGAUCCGGUGUGGAUUUAGAGAUGCGUGUUCGUGUUUCAUUCCAUACGGUUUUGGAAGAAUGUGAAUCUCUUUUAAUGAGUAAAUGUGGAAAGGAAGUAUCUCCUCAAGCUAUAUUGACAUACCCUGCACAUAAUGGAUCAUCUACAAUUAUGCUUCUAGCUAUUAUGUGUCAUCCAUGGGAUGCGGUGGAUUGUGAUAUUUUUAAAAGUACUCGUAGUGAAGAUGAUAUGGCGAGUAUUCUUGCUUAUCUGGAAGAUCAAACAAAUAUACCAGCGUAUAAUUUACCAUUAACAAGUCCCUGGCGUCUUCGGCGUGAUCAAAGCAGUUCAACAAGUAUGUCUAAUGAACGAAAUGCUUGGAAUGAAUUAAUUGGUGUGGCUGAACAUACUUCUAUUAAUUGUAUUCUUCCAAGUAGCUUUUCUGUUACUAUUCCAAAUUUACAGUUAUCAGAAUUAGAUGAAGGUAUUGCAUUUGAAAAGACGAUAUCAGGUCCUUUAAUUCUUCGUGCAGAUGAGGCAUGGCCAAUGCCUCCUCUCAUGACAUGUUUCAGUGGUGUUCCUCGUGUAUUUUAUUAUGAAGUGACGUUAACAUCUCCAUGUUAUCGUUUUGCGAUUUGUUUGGCUCAAUGCCGAAAUGCUUCUGAUCGUGGAAUUGAUGUGGUUUACUUUUAUGAAAAUUCCGGAACAACACACGAUGUUUUGUGUCCCCCUUUUGAUGAAGGGGAUACGGUUGGUUGUGGUGUUGUCGCUACAACAAGACGUUUGUUUUUUACAUUAAAUGGUGUCUUUAUUUCUUUUAUGGGCACUAUACAUGAAAAAACAGAGUCAUUAUUUCCAACCAUUCGUAUUAAUAAUAAAGAUCGUGCAAGUUUUACUGUUAACUUUGGAAAAAAUGCAUUUUUCUAUGAUUUUCGAAGACUUCAUCCAGCAUUAUGUAUUACGAAUGGUCCAACAUGGUAUGCUGUUACUUCUACUGCAGAGAUUACAUUACAUUACAUUACAGCUCGUGCCUGUUCUAUGCAAGAAUCUUGUAAAUCUUCAGCAAAGUUAUUUCUUAUUAAAUGUUGUGAAGUGGUUUGCCGUAAUGUGAAUAAAGUAACCUCCUCUAUUAUGAAUGUUGGAGUAGGAAAGACAGAUACUCCUGAAAGUCGAAUUCAGCAAGCAGUAGUACUUUCAGUUGCAGAGUCUUCUAUUUUAAAUUUUAUUGCUACUUUACGUCAUAUUAUGAGGAUAGCCAAUUGUUAUCCUCUUCCUGAAGUGAUUGGAGAAAUGGUAUUUGAUGCCGUUACGGUACUUAUGAUGUUACCAGUACAUUCUAUUCAAAUGUCUACUAUAAGUUUUCUCCCAGAACUUCUACCUCAUAUUCAACGUGUACGGGACUCUAGUGCCUCUGCCAAUCUUGUGAAGACUCUCUUUGAACACGCAAAGGUGCCAAUGGAUACACGGGCUCGAAUUCCUUUUCUCCCGUGUUGGCGGCAGUGUGAUCCGCGAUGUAUGUCGAUUACACACAUGCACGUGGCCUCUAUGCAGCCAGAGGCGCAGCGGAGUAUUGUUCUCGGUAAUGUGCUUCCACGAACAGGUAAGGUAUCAUUUGUGGUACGUGUAUUUCGUAAAGGCAUGUCAAAAGGUCAUUCCUUAAAAGGUGGUUAUUACAUUGGAAUAUCCGUUAUUAAUCUCGCUCCCCUUUCACCUGCAAGUAAUUCACAAAGUUGGAAAGCUGUUAAACCACCUAUUGUAUGGGCUCUUCAUGAUGUUUCUCCUCAAUUACCACAUGCAACAAAUCCAACGGUUAAACCAAAUAAUUUUCAUCGAACUUUUGGAAGUGGUGAUGCUGUUCGUGUUUCUAUUGACUGUGAUAAGCAAACGGUAAGUUUUUAUCGAGAUGAAGAAUUUCUAAAAACACUAUUUACAGAUAUUCCAUUAAAUGUCGAUUUGGUUCCAUUUGUACAACUCUAUAAUGAUGAUGCUUCCGUUUCUAUUAGUACUGGAGAAAUGACAGCACCGAUUUCAUCCGCCACUCUUCUGGGUGCUGCUUCUGUUGAUGUAUUAAGAUGCAUGUUAACAUUAGAACCCUUUGAACGACUUGUAGCCGAUGGACUUUGUGAAGAACUUGAUAGUUCGGCUUUCCCUAAUGUAACCUUAACUUUAUUUAAAAGUAUUCCAGAUCCACGUAUAUUACAACUAUGUUGUCGUACAAGUGAAAAAAUAUUGGUAGCCGUUCGUCGUUUAACACAAUGGCGAGUAAAGUUUUCUGUUGGUAAUAUGGGAUAUUAUGAACAAAUUAAUAAUCUUCGUACAGCUUCCUUCUUGACUAUGGAUGGUUCAUUUGAUGUAAGUGAUUCAACGGCAUCACUCGUAGGAGUAGAACGUUGUAUAGAAAGUUUAGUAAAAGCUCUUUGUCGUUUGGUUAUUCCCCUCAUUACUACUCAGGCAUUAUGUUUAAUUGAGAUUCAACAACGCAAUCUCAUUAUUGAAGAAGAAAAAGAUCAAUGGGAUUAUUUAUUUCAUGGGGCUCGUGUAAAUCAAUAUUUAAAUAUUCAGCGACUCUCACAGAGUGUUCCAUUACUGGAGUCUCCACGUAUUCCACACGAUUAUACCUUUUCUGCCGCCUUAUCACAUCCUGGAUUUCACUUUUCUCCUCGUUUUUGUGGUCGUUUAGCCACUGUGCCAAGUGGGGUUGAAAACACUACCACACCGUUUAUUGCCAUUGCUGAACCCGCCGUUCCACUCACGGGACAUUUCAGUCUGCGGUGUCAAUUGAUGCGUGGCCACACUGGACAGAUCUUGGGAGGAGGAUAUUACUUUGGUUUGUGCACAACAUCCUUUGAUUGGAAGCGACGGGAUCUUAAUGUUGGCAAUCCAGAAGUGUGGGCUAUUCACGAUAUGGACGAUGCCCCGUGGCGAUUGCGGCACUUAUAUCCCGGUACGCGAUUCCAGAUUGCGGCGGAUCCCGGUUGUAUUAUUGUGAGUGGGGAUGUUGUGCGUAUUGAGGUGGAUCGUGAUAAGGGCACUAUGCAUGCCUACCGCACAGGUAUAAAUCAAGAGGAAGUUUUAUUGGGUCUUAUUUUUGAUAAUGUACCAAAGGGAGUGGAAUUAUUUCCGUUUGUGCAUUUAUAUAAUACAGAUGCUGUCGCCGUACUUUUACCAUCAGAUAGUGAACGACCAGCAAUACGAACAACAGUUCCCCAACCACAUUUUGCUCUUUGUGUUUCAAAUGAAAAGAGAAAUUGUGAUGGUUGUGUCGCACCUCACCCGGAUGUUCGUUUAACUUCUCAAAUUUGGUACAAGUGUAAUGAGUGUGUUGAUUACAGCUUAUGUAAAUGGUGUUUUGCAUUAUGUCUUCACUCUCAUCAUUCUUUUACUGAAAUGGGAGGAAAUCCACUUGUACACGAUAGUGCACCUCCUACAAAAGUAGUAGUGGGAAUGAAUGUUAUGAUUCCUGGAACUACUGGAUUGUAUCUAAAAAGUUGGGGAUGUCGUGUACUUGAAAAGCAUAUGAAUUGUAUUGUAGAAUCUAAGGAGAAUAAUGCUUUGGUGUUAUGGGGUGUUGUAUAUAAAAAAACGGCUACCUUUACAGUGACAAUAGAUACACUUAAUGGGGAACCACUUUACUUGGAUACUCCAAUGUUUAUUGGUAUUGGAGAGGCAGAGGAAAUAGUAUCCUUAUCUGCAGAUGUACUUCGAAAUCGGUGUAUAUCAGGAUCUUCUAAUAUUGUUUCUCUCUGUAGUGAUUCAUCCAUGUGUCGUAAGUUAAACUAUCCGAGUCGAUCACCGUGUGGCUUUGAACGUGGUUCCACUAUCUCUAUUGAAGUUAAUGUUGCGUUGGGAGUAGCAACAAUUCGUCGAGAUUGGUUAAAACUUGGUACACAGUCUUUUCCCGUAUCUCCAGCAUCUAAACCUGCCAAUUUGGUUGGAUUUGUUUUAUUUGGUCGCAAAAACGUUACGGUUUCUAUUUUCCCUGAAGAAAAUCAAACCUUCUCUGCAGUUGUGGAGGAUGUUCGCAAUGGUCUUCUGCGUGUGGAGCAUGAAGGACAGGUGCGAUAUCUCCGACCAGAACACUGCCGAGUCCCACUGGCGCCUUGUCAAGAUGUCCCGAAGGUAAAUGCACUGGGUUACAUCUUCUGGAAGAAGGAACUCGCGCAGUGUAAAGUUGUUGGUGUGGAAAAGGAUGAAGUGACGUUGUACUUUGCGGGAGAAAAUCUAAUCCAGCGCAUACCAUACUCACGGUUUCUAACAGAUGCCUGGGGAUCUAUUGCAGAAGAAAGACUUCUUCAUCGUGAGGUUGGUGAGGUUGGUGCCACCAUAACAGAUGGCUUUAUUAUAUCUAGAUUAUUACUUAUUUUAUCUUGUUUAUGUGAAAGUGAAAGCCUUUCACCUCUUGUAUUAUCACAUUGUCCGGCGUUAUUGAGUGUUCUUAGCCGAUUGGCUGCGGUUGAAAUAAGUAAUGAUGCCCCAACGGAAUUUAUUCAAGAAGUUCGUACAGCAGUGGCUAUAACUUGUAAUUGUCUUCGUGUAAUGGCAAGAAAUAAACAUCUUCCAGGAUAUAUUCCUUCAUCUGUUAUGGAGACUCAUCGAUAUAAACCAAUACCAAAUAUGCUUAUGUGUGCUGUUGAAGGACCAUGUAAAGGUAAAAUAUAUAAUGUUAUUGAAGUAGAUACCAAUAACUCCUUUAAAGGUGUAGAAAUCCACAGUACAACUUCAUCCAAUACAAAAGAACUUCUUAAUGCAGCGGAUUGUAUACCGGUAAAACAAUGUGAUGGAAAACCAUGGUGGACAUUAGAUAAUGGAUUACCAUGUAGUUUACUUGAGCAUACAUUACGUGUUACACAAUCCGGAGAGGGUUCUUUAAAUGUAACUAUGGAGGGUGAAUGGCAGGGUGAGAUAACAAUACCAAGAAGAGGAAGUGGAUCGAUUUUACUUCAACUCAAAAAAGAUUGUUCAGGAUUGGCUAAUGUUGUAUUUUCUUCACAAACAACAGAGUGUGUUGUUUUUGGAGAAUAUAUGCGGUAUUGUAGAACUGUAAGGCUUUGUCUUUAUCGUGCUACAGGAUCCACAAAGUCUCAUGGUUUUCACUUUGAUGGUAAACAAAAGGAUUCUUCCUUUGAGAGUGCUGUGUCAAAACUUGAGACGAUAUUAUCAGAGAAUGGAGAAAACAGUCUUAUUAUCGUUAUGGAUGGUGUUAUGGAUGGUGAGGGACAACGCGUUUUUGGAGAAUGGAAGCCAAAGAAUGAUAGAGCAGGUACAUUUGCGGUAAAUUCAUUCCGCCGAGUUUCACUUAUUCCUCCAACUACAAAGUUUGCCCAUAUUGAACCACUUCCAGAUUGUAAAGAUCCAACUAUACCAUUACCUCCACAACGAGAUAUGGUAUCUACUAUGCAUCGACUUGUGGUAUUGCUCGCACGUCAUUUAUAUCUUUUUAUUCUUAACAGAGGUGGAGCUGUGGACCAAAAGGCUAUUCGAGGUAUUAUUCACUUUCAUUCUCAUCCAUUGACAGAUCAACUCAUUUCUAAUUAUAUAGAUAUGGAACAACUUUUACGAACUGUUUAUGAUACUCUUCAUCUUAUUCUGGACCCUAACACAAAACCGUGGGAUUCCACCACUUUAUCUUUACUUAUAACUAAAUGUCUUUUACUCCGUCCUGAAGUGGCUACAUAUUUUCCAACCCUUCUUUGGGAUUCAUUCCAUGCUGUUGUUGCAGCUAGUCAUCAAUGUGGUAUGGAAUACCGUCAUCAUCUUUUAAAGAAUGUCAUUAUUUUUAUUGAGAAACACCAUGAAGGAUUUAACCGUAUUUACACUCAACUUCUUUCCGUAUUACUAACAUGGGUUGACCGAAGUGUAUCUAAUUUUUUGAAUUCUUCUGAAAUUCGUAAAGAUGUGGCUGCUGGUGUAGAACUUGUUAUGAGUCUUGGGGUACCUUUUAUGGGAAAUGCCAUUCAUCAUAUCCCCUUAGCUCCACUACAGUGCUUAAUAGAUAUGGCAGAUUCUCUUAGAGAAGGUGUGGCACUUCCAAUAGUGGUUGAUCUUUCAGAAGAUCCAACUACAACAGCAAAUGUUCCACCCGUUGAGACUUUAUGUGUAUUUGGAGAAUUUGUAGAUGGAGUACUAAAGGUUGGAAAAAUUAUGAGUUCAUGUGCAGCGGCUUCAAGAGGAAAAUUUUAUUAUGAAGUUACACUUCCUGAUAGACUUUCUGCUCCAUUUGUUGUGGGAUGGGGAACGGAAGAACAUACAGAAGUUCCUAGUCAACAUGUUGGAAGUGAUGCUUGCAGUUUUGCAUUUACAGGAAAUGAACUUUCUUCAAAAAGUACAAAAGAAGAAUAUAAACCAGGACAAGAAGUAUCUCCAGGAUCUGUUAUUGGUUGUUUACUUAAUAUGAAUGAAAAAUUAGUAGCAUGGUCAGUAAAUGGUGUGUAUGGACCUUUUAUACCAAUUCCGAUUGAUUAUGGAGAUCAUGGUUUAUAUGCAUUUACCUCAACAGGUUCUUGUAAUGGUAUGAGAGUUUCAUUAGAUGCAUCUCAGUUUGAAUAUGUUCCUGAUGGUUACUCUGAUUUGUCUGGUCGUCAUACACGUGUUCAAAUUCCUUUGGUAAAUGAUAUGACAAAGAGAAGUAAAUUACCAAUUCGUCCUAUAUCAUUUUUUGAACAAUUGGCUUCUUAUAUAUCUGAUGUGGAAGAAGCCUCAUCUUCAAAGCAAAAUGGAAAUAAUUCAUCAUUUUCUGCUCCUUCUUCUUCUGGAGUAGAAGUACCUGAAAUGGCAUUUUUGCUACGAUAUCCAUCGGUUGCACAACUGAACUAUGAUGAAAGAAGAGAUUAUACAAAAGUUAUUCGAGUUGCAGAAAGUUGUAUGGCGACAGCAAGACGAUUUAUUGAUUUGGAUAGUGAAAUUGUUGAUGGACGAUUAUCAACGGCCUUUUUACUAAUGAAGCAUAUUGUGCGUCGUUCUUUUGGUAAAAACUUACUUGUGAGUAUCCCACUUGUUGAGAAGAAUAAUAAUCCGCCUAGUAUCACUGUUCGAAUAACAGAAUUAUACUCAACUCUUCCACGUACACCUGAAGUAGCUCUUCAGCACUCUAUUCUGUCACAAAUAUAUAAACAAAUUGGAUCUUUUACAAAUAAACAGCUUAGACAGAGUCCAUUAUUUAAAGUACAUUUAUAUAUAUCAGGUACUGGACAUGCACCGCAAGAUCUUGGAGGUCCAUACAGACAAUUGUGGACUUUUCUUAGCGAGGAAAUUAUGACCCAUCCUGAUAAGUGUUAUCCUCAUACGGAUUAUCAUCGUAAUCCACUUUGUCGUUAUUUAAAUAAUUCACAACGAGUGGCAUUAGUUCCUGAUAGUUCAGCAAACUCUGCGUACGAUCUUGUUUUGUUAAAUUUUCUUGGAAAAAUUAUGGGUCACGUUGCGGCAGCUAAAACUCCUCUUGCCCUUGAUUUUUCACCUUUUGUGUGGAAAUAUUUGGUGGAGGAUAUACUUACUGUGAAGGAUUAUUACAAAUAUGUUGAUAGCGUUGUGGAAAAGAGUAUGGAUGACGCCGAUUUCUUAACUAGUGGAAUGGCUGAGGAAAUUAUUCCAAACCUUACGGAGAAAUUAUCAACUUUACCUCAUAAUGAAACAAGUGAAGAAGUGAUGGUGCGUAACUACCGUCAACUUGCAGAGGAUUGUCUUGUGCAUUCAAUGGAUUUACAGUUGAAUGCCAUUCGUGAGGGAAUGUGGUGUGUUUUACCCAAACGUGUGGUUCGUUGUCUCUCCUGGCGAGAGUUGGAGCGAAUGGUGUGUGGAGACUCCAAUCUAACACCUGAGAUCAUGCGGCAGUGUAUUGAGGUGCAGUUGCAGGGCCCGAGAGAACAGGCGUUCUGGCGCAUUAUUGAUGAAUUGAGCCUUGAGCAGCGUUCUUCCUUUUUGUGUUUUGCGUGCGGACAGAAACGACUUCCGCUUAUACGCAAAGUUAAAGUAACCGAAAAUGCAGAGAGCACAGAUCACCUGCCCAGAGCACAGUCUUGCUCAUCACUGGUGACUGUCCCUCCAUAUGAUACGUAUGAGCUUUUUAAAGAAAAAUUGUUAAUUGCCAUUUCCCACGAAAUGGAAAUGGAAUUGGCGUGA